UCAAAGACUGGCACAUCGGGCAGGACUCCGGGCAGCGGCACACACCGGGCAGAGGCACAUCGAGCUGGACUCCGGGCAGCGGCAUAUCGGGCAGGACUCCGGGCAGCGGCACAUCGGGCAGGAUUCCGGGCAGCGGCACAUCGGGCAGGACUCCGGGCAGCGGCACAUCGGGCAGGACUCCGGGCAGAGGCACAUCGAGCUGGACUCCGGGCAGAGGCACAUCGAGCUGGACUCCGGGCAGAGGCACAUCGAGCUGGACACCGGAUCACCAGGCGGAGCAGCGGGCACCGGGCCACCAGGCGGGGCGACAGGCAUCGGGCCCCCAGGCGGAGCGGCAGGCGCCGGGCCCCCAGGAGGGGCGAC